AUGCCCGACAUCCGGUCCUUCUUCGCCCCCAAGGGGUCUGCUCCUCCCAAGCCUGCCAAACCAGCCGCAAAGAAGGAAGAGGAAAAGAAGGCGAGAGCCAAAGGACGGAAGGUGAUUGAGGACAGCGAUGAUGACAUAGAGGACCCCCCUGUGGAUAUCAAGGGCGUUGAGACCACUGCUGCCAAGUACUUCUCGUCGUCCAAGGCAAAGUCCGAACCCACAUCAGCCCAAGGGACGCCAAAGAAAUCCAAAGCUCCCCCGGCCGCUGGAAGUGAAGUGCGCUUGAGCCCCAGAACCAAGACCACAAAAGUUUCUCCCGAACCAAAACCUACAAAAAAUGGCACCAAAAAACCGGUGACCGCAUAUAAGAAACACGAGCAGUACGAUGAUGACGCAUUCCUGGACGACGACGAUGACGCUGGCGACGACAUCUUUGCCGCAGCCGUCAAGAAGAGGAAGAACGACGACUACGUCGAAGACGACAGCGACGAUGAGGUGCUUCCUAAGCCCAAGCGCGUGGCUUCUAAGGCCACCAAGGCGAUCAAGACCGAGCUGGACGAGGAUGUAAAGCAGACCCCGAACAAGGCGGCUCAGACGGUCCCUGCUCCCAGUCGGAAACGCAAGUCGCCGACCUCAGACAGCGAGUUUGACGACGAUGAAGAUGUCAAGCCGGCAAAGAAGGCUGCUCCUGCGAAGCCCCGCGCGCCGCGGGCCAAGAAAGAGGACGAACCCGAGGCCGAUGACAUCAAAGCCAUUCUGGACAACGUGCCCUUGGUCCAGGCACCGGAUGCCCCGCCCAAGGAUGAGAGCCAGAAGUUCGACUGGAGGAAGAAGUUUGCUGGCGGCGGCAACGCCGGCCCUCCUCCCAACCCCGGCGCUAUUGAGAUCCCCGAGGGAGCGGAAAACUGCCUGCUGGGCAAGACGUUCGUGUUCACCGGCAUGCUCAAGACCAUCAGCCGCGAGGAUGCUCAGGCUCUCGUCAAGCGAUAUGGUGGCAAGGUGACCACGGCGCCCAGCAGCAAGACCGAUUUCGUCGUCCUCGGCGACGAUGCCGGACCGAGCAAGCUUCGCAAGAUCAAGGAGCACAACCUCAAGACUAUCAAUGAAGAAGGCUUAUUCUAUCUGAUCAAGACCUUACCCGCACAUGGCGGCACCGGCAAGGGAGCCGAGAAGGCCAAGCAGAAGCAGGAAAAGGAGGAGCAGAAGGCUCGCGAGGAAGCUCUGCGGAUGGAGCAGGAAGAGAAGGCCCGGCAGGAAGAGGCCGAGAAGGAGGCUCAAAAGGCUGCCGCCGCCCGUGGCGUUGCUCCUCCUCCUGCUGCCCCGGCGCCGGUCCUGUCCCAGCUCUGGACGACUAAGUAUGCGCCCACGCAGCUGAACCAGAUCUGCGGCAAUAAGCAGAACGUGGAGAAGAUCCAGAGCUGGCUGCGAAACUGGCCCAAGGCGCGCAAGUGGAAUUUCCAGAAGCGCGGUGCCGACGGUAUGGGCGGCUACCGUGCCAUUAUCAUCUCGGGUCCUCCUGGUAUCGGCAAGACGACAGCCGCCCAUCUGGCGGCUAAGCUGGAAGGUUAUGAUGUCAUUGAGAGCAAUGCCAGUGACACCCGGAACAAGAAGCUCGUUGAGGAGGGUGUCACCGACAUUCUCAACAAUACUUCGCUGCUUGGUUAUUUUGCCGGCGACGGCAAGAAGGUCGAUGCAACCAAGAAGAGAAUCGUGCUGAUCAUGGACGAAGUCGACGGCAUGUCAGCCGGUGACCGCGGCGGUGUCGGCGCGCUGGCCAAGCUCUGUCGCAAGACAGAAGUUCCCAUGAUCCUGAUAUGCAAUGACCGGCGGCUGCCCAAGAUGAAACCGUUCGACCACGUCGCAUUCGACAUCAAGUUCCAGCGGCCGACGGUCGACCAAAUCCGGUCGCGCAUGAUGACCAUCUGCCAUCGCGAAGGCCUCAAGAUGUCACCGCCUGUGCUGAACGCCCUUAUCGAGGGCAGCGGCAAGGACAUCCGGCAGAUCAUCAACAUGCUCGCCACGGCCAAGCUGGACCAAACCACCAUGGACUUCGACCAAACCAAAGCCAUGACCAAAGCCUGGGAGAAGCACGUCAUCCUCAAGCCCUGGGACAUCUGCCAAAAGCUCAUCGCAGGCGGCAUGUUCAGCCCCGCAAGCAACGCCACGCUCAACGACAAGAUCGAGCUCUACUUCAACGACCACGAGUUCAGCUUCCUCAUGAUCCAAGAGAACUAUCUCCGCUCCCGCCCCGCCGCCCUAAACGGCCGCAACUUUGCCAACCCCCGCGAAGAAAACCUCAAGUACCUCGAACUAGUCGACCUCGCCGCCGAAUCCAUCAGCGACGGCGACCUCGUCGACUGCAUGAUCCACGGCCCGCAGCAGCACUGGAGCUUGAUGCCCACGCACGCCGUGUUCAGUACCGUGCGGCCUGCAAGCUUUAUCGCGGGUUCGUUGGGCGGUCAGACGACGUUUACCACGUGGCUGGGCAACAACAGCAAGUAUGGCAAGCUGUCGCGGUUUGUGCGAGAGAUACACUCGCAUAUGCGGCUGCGGAGUUCGGGUGAUCAUAAUGAGAUUAGGCAGGAGUACAUGCCGGUGCUGUGGCAGCGGUUGGUGAAAAGGUUGGAGGUUGAGGGACGGGAGGCCGUGGACGAGGUCAUUGAGCUGAUGGAUAGCUAUUACCUGACGAGGGACGAUUUUGACUCCAUUAAGGAGUUGGCGGUUGGGCCGUGUGCCGAGGAGUACGUUAACAUUGAGACGCAGACCAAGGCGACGUUUACGAGAGUGUACAACGCCAACCCCCACCCUAUCCCCUUCAUGAAAGCGUCCAGCGUCACCGCGCCCAAGAAACUCAGCCGUGACAUCCCCGACCUGGAGGAGGCCAUCGAAGAAGAGGACGAGAAUGAUGUCCUUGAGCCGGCUGAGGCCGAGGCUGCUGACGAAGAGGAGGAGCUCGACCUCAAUAAGGAUAAGUACAUUAAAAUGCCGAAGGCGAAGAAGCCUGCUGGGAAGAAAGCAUCGAAGGCUGCUAAGGCCGCUACUGAUGAUGAGGAUGAUGGGGAGGAUGAUGCGCCUAAGAAGGGGAAAGGGAAGGGGAAGGGGAGCGGACGGUCGAAGAAGGCUUGA